AUGUCCUCCUUCUUCACGCCUCGUCUCCAGAGAACCGUAGGAACUCGCACAGGCUCUCUUGCAACAAGAACACCCCGAGCUCCGGUUCUGAAUCGAGAUCUGGGCCGCGCUCUCUACUCCAGCCAGGGCUACGGUGAUGGAAAAGGCGAUCCGGCCGCUGAGAACCCAACCGAGCAAGGCGUGAGCUCUCGCAGUCGGGAGUUGGAACACCCCGGUCCUGAACAGCAUGUGAAGAAGCCUUCUUCUUCCUCCUCGAAACAGAUUGAGAAUCACAGUGAUCGGCGAGACGGCAGUGAGGCUUCGGGUACGUCGUCGUCUCCGUCCAACAAGCAAGGCUUGGAGAAUGAACUGGCGCGAGGCCGGGGACAAUGA